CUCUCUUAAAAGAAAACAAAAGAAUAGAAAAGAAGAAACAGGCUUUUAUAGGCCUCCUACUCAGACGAGUCCACCACCUAUUCGUUGAAAAUUCCCAAAUUCCGAUUCCUCCUCCAUUUUUUUCUCUCUUUCUUCGGCAGUUUUUACAGGUGCUAUUUCGUAUAUGAUAAACUUUUGGGAGUGAAGACUCUUUGAUGUUUAUUUGCAGAAGCUUUUGUGUUGCUCUGUCUUACUUGAUUGAGAGGACAUGCUGCAUGAUCAAGUGACAAAAGUUUUAGUUGCGCAUCAGAGAUAAGUAAAAGAAAAUGGGAGGUUGUUGCUGUUGUUCCUCUAAAGAAACUGAACUCACUAGUGCACCUACAUACUAUUAUUAUCCAAGGACAUCAGAAGAGCAUUUGCCUCUGUCAUCACAUCGUAACCCGACUUCUACACUCUCUACUGGUCUCUUAGUGGAUACUAAUUUGGAUACAUCCAGCCCUGACACUUACAGACCACCUCCUGCACCAGUUCCAUAUGAUGUGCCUCUUGGACGCCCUCAUUCCCCGCCAGGUGCUCAAGAAAUUUGUGGUGAUAAGAAUGGUGCAGUGGCACAGACAGCAAAUUCAGAUUCUGUCCAAGAAGCAUCUGGUGGAAAUGCACAGGAUCCUUCAAACAAGUGUGAAGACUUGAAGGAUUCAGACUGCAAGGCGCAAAGUGUUUUUGACGAUACAGCAAAGGACUUAGAAGUUGAACUUUCUAAGUCAGUGGAAUCUGUUGUUUUAACGGCUGAAGAAGAGGAUGGUUGUCCAAUCUGUUUGGAGGAGUAUGACAAAGAGAAUCCAAAACUUAACACAAAAUGCGAGCAUCAUUUUCACCUCGCAUGCAUCCUGGAAUGGAUGGAAAGAAGUGAGCACUGUCCUGUGUGUGAUCAGGAAAUGGUGUUCGAUCCUCCUAUUGAUUCCUAGCAGUGAACAACAUAUAAGUCAGUUUCAUUUUCCCCAAGUUCUUUCAGUUUCUUUAUAUGUAUGCAAAUAGAAGUGUCAGCCACAUACGUGGUUCUUGAUUGGUUUUGUUGGUCAGCUCACUGUGCAUUCAUUUCUUUUGAACUUUGAAACAGAAAAAAAAUGACAAGGCAACAAAAGAAGGUAGGGUAUUUUUUUAAGGGGGGGUCUCUGUUUUUGUUUUGCGGAGGGUAGGAGGAAUUGUGAAAUUUUGAGAAAGGCAUGAGGCCAUUCUUGGGUUUCAUUUUCUAUUAGGUCAUAGUUAUCGUCCAAAGGGGAGGUUUAGUCGUUCAAACAAAUAGGAGGUGAAAACUGAAAACCAUAUCUUCUUUUUUUUUCUUUCAUUAUAUUUGUUCUCAUAAUAUGGGUAUAGUGUUUUGUGAGUCUGCUUGGAUACUAGUGUUUUUUUUUAACUUCUUGUUUUGAGUUGGUCCUGUAAAUGGCAUAUAGAAUUACACAGUGGGUUCUUUGAAGGUGGGCAGAGAUUUUGAUGAGUGUAUUGUAAAAUGAAAGGUUGGUAUGAUAAAGUACAUUGGCUGUAUUUCAGAUUAUUGAUGUAAAUGUCUUGUUCUUAUUUUUCUUCUA